GCAGAGGCGCAAGUAGCUAGGUAGGUCGAUGUCGAUAUAUGGAGGCCGGAGCACACAAGAAGAGGAGGCUGGAUCAGAUGGGAGCUAUAUAUGUUAAUUAUAUUAUAGCUAGCUGAAUUUGCAAGCACGUACUACAUUGUUAGAUUUGAUCGAUCGGUGAGCAUGUAUAGCCGGCGGGCAGCGGCGGGAGGAGAGCAGCAGCACCUGAGCAACAGGGUGGUGGGAUUGGUGAACCUGGUGACGCUUGUGGCGUCCGUCCCCAUCAUCGGCGCGGGGCUCUGGCUGCAGGCUCACGGCGGGUCAUCGCCGUGCGGGUCCGCGCUGCAGGCGCCGCUGCUGGCCAUCGGGUUCGUGACCCUCCUCGUCUCGCUGGCUGGCUUCCUAGGCGCCUGCUACCACGUCCCCUCGGCGCUGUGGCUGUACCUCGCCGCCAUGCUGCUCCUCGUGCUGGCCCUGCUCGGGAUCACCGUCUUCGGGCUGGCCGUCACCGCGGGAGGGGGCGGCACGCAGGUGGCCGGCAGGCCCUACCGUGAGUUCCGCCUCGCCGACUACUCGUCGUGGCUGCAGCGCCACGUGCGGGCGGAGCGGUACUGGAGGCCGGCGCUGGCCUGCGUGCUGGCUGCCAGGGCCUGCGACACCCUCGCCGCCUGGACGCCCCUCGACUACCUCCGCAAUGACCUCACGCCCGUGCAGUCCGGUUGCUGCAAGCCGCCCACCGCGUGCACCUACUAUGACGAUGCCCAGCAGCAGCAGCAGCAGCCCGACUGCUACCGGUGGAGCAACGCCCCCGGCGUGCUGUGCUACGGGUGCGACUCGUGCAAGGCCGGCGUGCUGGAGCAGCUGCGUCGCCACUGGCACAACGUCACCAUCCUCAACGUCGUCCUCCUCCUGCUUCUCAUCCUCUUCUACUCCUGCGCUUGCUGCGCCUUCCGUAACACUGCCACUGCCACAUCCUCCAAGACGAUCUUCCAUCUCCAUCCGCGCUGGGAGUACCGCUGGUCAAGGUGGUGGCAUGGACGAAGAUAGCUAGCUGCACUGGUGAAACCAAAUUAAGUUUACCUCCUUUGCCUUCAGCAGGAUACUUACAUAAUUUAGGCACACGCGCCGUACCGCUGCUGUAAUUAGUUCUCAACGUUUCUCAGGUUUUUUUUUACCUAAUUAGUUCUCAGUGUCUCAGUUUGUUCAUGUGGAUAUACAUUUACUUAUUUUGUUGAGAGAAAGACAUGCAUGCAUCCAUCUCAACAUUCAUGCAUUUUAGUAUAUCAAUUGCAUGCUUAUGUCUUCUCAAUUC